UUUUUUUUUUUUUUAUUUCAGACAUGCUACGAGAUGGAGAGGUACCUGAAGGACGAACCGAAACUACAGUCGUACAAAAAGUUGCCCACAGAGUUAGAUACAGCACCCUGGAAUCUCUUCAGGCCUCCUAUUUCGUGGACAGCGACCACUGGCACCGCCAACGCACAAUUCGAAUCACCAAUCAAAAUGGAGGUGACGACGUCGUCGGAAGACAGAGAAACACUCUGCUUGGACGAUAUUAAGUUCAGUCCUGGUGAUCACAACCACAAUGGCCGUGAUAGGGAUCUUCUGGACCGGCACCUCGAUUCCUUAUCGAUGUCGUCAUCGAGUUCGGCGUGUUCUUGGGAUAGUUCGCCUUCCGUUUCGUGCACGGCGUUCAUUCUCAAGAAAGAACCCAGCGAGGAUCUCGAAGAGGACGAGGAGCACGAGGAAAUCGAGGAGGAAGAGGACAGCGGAUGCGAAAGCGAAGGUCAAAUCCUGACACCACCAUCGAGUCCGGGUUCGGGUCAAGGUCAUUCCAACUCCAGUCAUUCGUCGAGCGGGAGUUCUAUGCUUGACGUACAGAACCUCAACCUUCAUGGGACGGGUGGCAGGAGCGCUAUCGUCAGGGUUACCACUAGCAACGCACAGGGUGUCGCAAGACUGAUCUCCGUCACAGCGAAUGGCUACCCCGCAGUUGCAGGCACGCAACAUGCACAUGCAGGGACAACUGCGGCUGCGAGCACUGUGGCUAAUAGGCACCAUGCGAGGAGCCAUGAGCACAGUCCGCCUGAUACGAAGCGCAGGAUACACAAAUGCCAAUUUCCGGGUUGCAAGAAGGUAUAUACCAAGAGUUCACAUCUGAAAGCUCAUCAGAGGACGCACACAGGAGAGAAGCCGUACAAGUGCAGUUGGGAGGGUUGCGAGUGGCGAUUCGCGCGUUCCGAUGAGUUAACACGCCACUACCGCAAGCACACUGGCGCGAAGCCGUUCAAGUGUCGGCACUGCGACCGAUGUUUCUCUCGCAGCGAUCACCUAGCCCUCCAUAUGAAGAGACACGUGUAAUCGAUCGUCACCGCGAACGGUCCUCAACAAACGGAACAGUCCAGGACCGGCAGGCGCGAGGUCGUCAUGCAAACAUACGACCCCCUCGUGAUCGCGUUUCUUCCAUACACACCUGACGAUCCACAUCGAAUUCGAUCAUCGACAACGUAGCCAUCACUAAGUUGGCCCCAUCAUGUCGAAGUAAUAUGAUCGCAAGAUAUAGAGAUAUAUACAUUUAUAUCUAUAUAUCUCUUAUGGAUUUAAUAUUAAUAAGAGAGGAAUCGAUGAUGGACGAGAUGAUCGAUGAAGAAUGGCCAUUUCUAUUAGUGGUCGUUCUCUGGAAAUAGGAAAGUCGAUCGAUAAAUAAACAAAACGAAUCGAUAUUAUCCGUCGUUGUAAAGGACGAAUGUAAGACAAUUCGUAGAUUGAUGGUUGCAAUUGGAAAUUGCAAUUGAAAUAAAGAAAAUGUAUAUCUUUCUUCUUUCUCUCUUCGAGGCAAUAGAAAAAGUUAACGAGACUGAAAGAAUAUCAGAUGACACUUUCUAUAAAGAUAUAUGCUGGCAAUGGAAACAAUAAAUGGUGAUUAGAUGCGGAUCAGACUGGUAAUUAGGAAUCUCUUGGACAAACACAAGAUAACAAGUCUUGUCCGAGAUGUUAAUCACUGCCAAUUCAUUAAAUUCUAAGAUCAGUGCAUAUAAUAUCGGAGAUAACCGAUGAAUGCUGCCUCGAAACUGGGAAAGAAGUUGAAUGAGAAAAAUCGUCCAACAAUGAUGGUAUAUACGACGCUCACGUGAAUUCUUAUAAGUCGUCUGCCUCCUGUAAAACGGUCGAAUUUUCGAAAAAGAAUGAUUCGAAAAGAAAAGACAAAGCAAGAAGAAAAAAUAAAGAAUUAACGAAAACAAAAAAAAAAAAGAAAAAGAUAAAAGAAAUCGAAGGAAACAAAGAAAAAAAAUGUGAACUUAUAGUUAUUGAUUCGAGAAACACCGAUUUGGCAAUGUUUCAAAGGCGUCGAUUCGAAAGUCGAGAAAACCCGGUUCGAGAGGACAAUAAUAUUCUGUCUAUCGGUGCCAAAACAUUAUUUCCUUUUCUCUUUCAUUUUUCUUUCUUUCUAUUCUUUCUUAUGAACAUUUAUCACAUACACUAAUCUUCUCCCUCCCCUCUAGUAUCCCUGAAAAUGGGGGCCACAAGAAAAAAAGCUAAUUCUAAUGGGUAAGAAACGUACGCGACGCUUUUGAGCCUCGAAUCCUACGAGCAAUAAUCGAAAAUAUAUUCGCGAGCCGGUAGAACGGUGUCACACAGUAUGUACGUGUGUGUGUGCCUAUUGUAAAGGGCGGCGGACGAGGACACACGACGAGGACGAGCCAAUGUAAUUGAAUACGUGAUUUCGGCCAGUUUCGACGGAGGCAAACUUUACCCGUGCCGCGGCGUUAAUCCCGAAUUUACAGUGCGAAUUAUAUCGCGAGGCCGCCUCCAUUCGACUCACACGAUUCGCCGCCCUUUUACUUUUUUCCAUCGUAACAUCGUUUCCUAUCAUUUUCCGCGAAUAAACAAGAAGGGAUUCCUUUUCAAUACCGAGAAUUCGACCGUUUUAUCGAUCAAUAAAUAAUUCACGAAUGAUUUUUAAGGAAGAAAGAGAAAACCGCUUAUAUUAUACACAAAAAGAAAGAAAGAAAAAAAAAACCUUUGAUAGGAACAAGGCAUCGAGAAUUACCUUUUUUCCUUAAAAAAUAAUUCGACCGAACAUGGGGCUUCUUUCGUAGUAACGCGCGUAAUAUGGUUUUUAAUGAAAAUAAGGGGAAUAAGAAUAAUAAAAAAUAAAUAAAUAAGAUAUAUACGGGAAUCUGACUUUGUACUUUUGUACGAUUGCUUUCUAGAUAACGUUCUCAUCUUUGUUUCACGCGUGACUGCGCGCCGCAAGAGUGGGAGUGGCGAGAUAUCCCGAUGUGGCGGACAAGAUUCUAUGUCGGAGGCUCAACAGAAAUAAAUAAUAUAUAUAUUUUUUAAUAUUCUCGUCUUACUUACCAAAACAAUAUAUUAUUAUACAUAAGGGAUUAUAUAAAGUAUAAAACGGGCAACAUUCCGCACAAAGCUCUAGAACCGUUUCCACACGUCGACCUGUCGGGCACGCCACUCCUUCUUAUACGCGCGCAAAACUAUGGACGGCAGACGACCACGAAUCGUUCACGACUAUUAUUAUACAUGAGUAUGUGAGUGUGUGUGCCUCUUGGGAACGCAACGAACUUCCGGUCGACGUGCAUCGUUGUCUCGCUAAUCAUCGAUUAUUCAACCGAGGACAAGCCUGAAUCGAAAUCACGUAGGGAAAUAACAAUAAAGGGAUAAAUAAAAUGAAGGAAAGAAGAAAUAAGAGAAAUAAAGAAACAAAAAAAAAGGAGAAGAGAAAAUUAGUGGAAUGUGUUAAAUGAAAAUGAAGUGACAACAAGGAAAGGUAAUGAGAGAAAAAGAGAUAGUGAUUAUCUGGAUAAUAUAUGUUGUAUCCAUGGACUGAAACGAAUUGAAGGAUCAUAGAUCGCUCAUCGAACGAAUGGUGAACAAAAUAAUAGAGUAGUAAAAACAGAGAAAAUAAAAAAAAGAUAAAUAGAAUAAUAACGUAAUAUUAAUUACGAUUAAAUUACAAAAGGAUAAGAGAAGCAGAACAAAUGGAAGAAAGGAAUUUUACUGUUUAAGAAGAUUAAUCUUUACCUGAGGGCGCGGGAACGGCCUGCAAGAACACCCGAAUUGCGGGCGAAACACGAAGAUUUAAAGAAUAAAAAUGGGAAAAAAGGAAGAAAG